GUGAGGCUUAGUAGAGGAUUCGUCCGAACUAACAUUGUAUUCCUCCGUGAGGCUAGCUGUAACGACGUCGUGUAAAUGACAACAACGAGUAUAAAGCAAGUAGAAAGAACGGCUGAUUAUCACGAAGAAAAUUAAAAUCAAGCCUUAUAAUUCAUACUUAUACUAAACAUUCUACAUCAACACCUUUAUACAAAACCCUGAUACAAUCGAAGAACAGAAAUGCUCUCACGUGUACUUCUUUCCUCUUUGCUGGCCUCUGGGGCCAUGGCCCAAGCCCAACAAGCAGCCAACUUCAACAUCACGGCCGACAUGGCUGCGCAGGCCCAUUGUGGCCAGAAAUGCCAGGACCUACUUCUACAGACCCAAGCCAUCGACAUUGCCACUGUUGGUCAAGAUUUCGACUUUGACUUUUAUGCCACAUCAAGCAACUUUACAUCGUCAUCCAAGCCUGGCGAUCUUCUCAAGAUGCAGGCCGUGGACCCCAACACGAGAGACAUCAAAGCUGGUACGACGGUAUACCGCAUACAGUAUGCAUCCAAGCGAUUUGAUGGCUCCACUAGUGUUUCCACGGGCUAUGUUGCCAUCCCAUUCAAUGCGGCACUGACAGAUCCAUCCAACGGUGCUGGGGGUACUUUCAAGGUGGCGGCCAUCGCACCAGGCACGAUUGGCAUCUAUCGCGGCUGUGCACCGUCCAACGGGCCCAACUUUUUCGACUAUGACACCUGGAAGCCGUUGGUCGAACGGGGCUACAUGGUGGUCAGCACCGACUAUGCUGGUAUUGGUAACAACCACACCGGAUUCCAGUACGGUAGCUUUCCUGCCCAUGCCAACGACGUCUUUUAUGCGGUGCAAGCCGCGCGCAAGGCCUUUGGACAGGUCAUGAGCAAACAGUGGAUGAGCCUGGGCCACUCUCUUGGUGGCGCGGCUGCGUGGAAGCUGGCUGAGAGCGAGCAUGUCCGCCAUGAUGCCAACUAUCUUGGAACGGUUGCACUGGGCCCAACAACAUAUCUAGUAGAUAUGAUCCUGGACAGCAUUGAUCAACGAGAACUGGCCGGUCACAUUCCACUUGUCGCCACAACACUUGCCAACACGCUUCCAUCCUACCGUGAGACUAUUCUCUCCGAUGAGACUCGUCUGCGUAUGCAACUUGCAGAAAAGACACAGAUGUGUGCCGUGAGCAUGCUCAGCGUGACUCGUGAUAUGGAGAUCCCCGCCAUCUACAACCAUACUGGUCUGCAGGUAGACGGGCAAAUCAUGCGCAAAUGGCAAAACGAGUCCUCCCCUGCGCUCGGUGAUAUUUCUCCUGCCCCUAUCCUUGUUGUUCAUGGUCUGGCGGACACUACAGUGGUGCCCGACAUUGUUGAAAAGGCUUGGAAGCGAUCCUGCGACGCUGGCAACAAGGUGCAGCUGUCCCUGUAUCGCCUAAUGGACCAUACGCCCGUUGUAUCGGCCGCCGGUGCCGAGUGGAUUGGCUUCAUGGACAAGCAGUUCGCCAAGAAGAAGCGAAACUCCAGCCAUUCCGAUCGUCAGCGCUGCACCAAGGUUGUACGUGAGCCGUUUGACGAAAAGUUUGUCAAGGCGCCCAAGGAAUUUAGUCUUUGAGGCGUUGGUGUACCCUCUGUCGUCGAUGGUGACGGGUCCUGUCUAGCAUUAAUGUCCUUUGAUCGCGUGCCGUUGCAUACAGUAUAAUACUUAAUAAUUAAUAGAUUUCUCUUUCCGCUAAGCAAGUUCCACAUGUCCUUAGCAUUGUCAUAAAUUUCAACCAAGUAACUUACAAAAUAACCCUGUCUGGCAUAUACAGUAGUCCCCGCACUGUCAGUACAACGGUCCCCUAUUCUUCUCCAACUGUCAAAUCGGCGGUGCAACGCUGCACAGCACAGACAAUGGACUCGAGGGGAAAGGAUGGACAAACUUUAAAAUUGGGACCAGCGCGGUAAGCAGCCACCACGACAGCUUGGGAAUAGCAAGUCGCGUCACGCCUGCAGCACAGAGUCACACUGUUAUGGUUUGCAAAUUAGCUUUCGCUUCCGCCACCGACUCAUAGCGUUCAUGCUGGAUUAUGCCAGUUCCACGCACUUUGUAGGCGGCAGGGGGCCUAAAUAUGCUCUCUUGCAUUACUAGCGGAAAGUAGGCCAAGCAGUGGACUCCUCCUCCUCUUCGGGGGAGGCGCUGCUUCGGAGAGAUAGCAUCUCUGGGCACAAGCCAGCACUCGGCAAUGGAACUGCCAAGACAUGGGGGCAAUAACAAGAGGCCUUUUGUGUCAGCAUCCAUCC